CUCCUUCAUAAGAUGAUGUGUUAUCAGGCAAGCUUCAUCCAAAUUACAUCUAUCUAGUCAAGGUACAAAUAUUUUGUAGAUCAUUUUAAAUUUAUUUUUACAUGCUGAUUGUUAGUGAAAGUUUCUCAUUAUCUAGCAGCCAGACAGAAAGGGGUCUUGGUCUUCUAGACAAUCUCUAUGGAAACACCGUUUUUUAAGUUUUUGUGUUUCAUUUAUUCAACAUAUUACAGGUAAUUAUGUAACUGCGCUUGGCCGGACGCCCAGUUCUUGUUUGUUUUGUGACUGUUCUUCUCGAAGUUGAGAGGCCGACACAAGAGAGUGCUAAAGUAGGUACGCCGCGUCAGCAGCCGUACGCGCCCCACCUCUCACCACCCUUGCACCUGGCAAGAGACCCGCGGCAAGGUGACUGUCACAGCACCGCAAAGAGGACGACACAAGACUUGAUAAAUGACACUAGGACGAAGGACGACACAUUAAUACCGUUAGCCCAAGGCAGUCGAAGUCCUCCUGGAGAGAAUGAACAACUAUAUUUUUGUUAAUGAACAACUAUAUUUUUGUUUUUCUGGGCCUCGAUAAGUUGUUUGACAGUGUUGAAAGACUUGGAUAAAAACCUCUGACUUGAAGUUCGUAAAAUGGUGGUAAAAGGAAUUUAAUUGGUUAAAAACGUUGCUUUAUUGUUAUUGGCCAUAGUGGUCUUUCCAAAGGUGGUGUCUGCGUGGUUCGUUGCUGGGGAUUUCCAUUCUGGACUUAACCAUGUCGUUACCAGGCAUGAGUACGGACCGGGAGAGUCUGUGUUCGCUCUUUCACGCUUGUGAUGAGGAUAAUUCUGGACAGAUUGAAAAAAACGAGUUCAUCAAAAUCUGCUCAGAGCUCAAUGUUCCACAGACGGAGAGAGAGCACAUAUUCUCUAAACUGGACAAGGACAGAGACGGGACAAUCAAUCUAGCGGAGUUCAUUAGCGGCUUCCACGGGAUCUCGGAGCAAGUGUAUGACGGGAACAUGGAGAGCGAGAGCUGGGAACACUCCUCUCCAGCCUGGGAAGAUUUCCAGACCCGACUAGGGGACCAUGCCAAAUUCAUACCCAGGAAUGAGCAGGCAGCCACGCUGUACCAGAACAUCAGUAUGGCAGAGCCCAGGAUGGUGCCUCAGUAUGAGAGAGUCAUCAUGAGUUUCACGAGAGAGAUCAAACAGCACAACGCUGAGAUGGAGAACCUGGCCCUGGCUGUCAAACGGGCCCAGGACAAGGCCUCCAUUCAACUCAGUGAGAUGGAGGAGGAGAUGGAUCAACGCAUCCACACAGCCGAGAACAACACAAGGCAUCAGGAGGCCAAGAGGGCUGAGGCAGCUCUGAGUGAGCUGAAGAGACACUAUGAGUCCGAGGUGUGUGAGCUGCAGCACAAGGUCCAGAAGAUGCAGCUGAUUGAAGACCAGUACAAGAACAUCAACAUGAAAGAUGAGUCUUCAACCCUGAAGAGGAAGAUCAACGAACUGACUCUGGAGAACCAGAGGUUGAAGCAGGAGUUGAUGCAGUCUCACACUAACAUAGCCUUCCUGCAGAGUGAACUGGACUCUCUGAAGAGUGACCUGACAGACCACAGCAUCAACUCGGAGCGAGACGAGGCGAUGAUGAGAGAGUUCUCUGAUGAGAGGGAUAACCUGGAGCGACAGAUAGAGAUCCUACAGGCAGCCAACAGGAAGCUUAAUGACAGUAAUGACGGGCUGCUCAGGUCCCUGGAGAACAGCCUCAGCAAGAGCAACAAGCGUGAUAGCAGUGCUUCCCCGGCCAACAUCAUUAGCAGGAGGAGCAGGAGCAACUGUUACUCAUCUCCAUACCUGGACAGGUUCUACCAGGCGGGUGUGGAUGAUGUUGAUGAGGACGGGGAUCCACUGGGAGGCCUGUAUGGGGGUGGUGGUAGGGGCUCCCUGGGGUGUCGGAGGCCCAGUCCGGAGACUCUAGCUCUGGCUCUGUGCGACCCGGCCAUGCAGCGCAGACGUAGCUGCGAGGUGGACAGCCUGCCCGAGAGCUGCCUAGACAGCGGCAUGUCCACGCUGCGCGGCUCCAACAACGGAUAUGACUCUGAGCAGGAGGUCAAAGGGCACGAGGAGGAAGAGGAGGAGGAGGGACAGAGGGCGGCCGGGAAGACUGACAGCCUGGUGGGAGACAACUCUGACAACUCUGACAACUCUGACAACGACAUUACAGAGGUGCGGAACAAGAUGGUGUUUGGAUCAGACAAUGGUUCUGUCCUGGACUGGAAACCCUUGGAGCCAGUCAGCCGGACCAGCUCUGGAGUGUCCACACGCAAAGCCCUGUCCGCCAUCACCAAUGAGGCUAAGGAGAAGGAGUCAGCUGACCUGGGCUAUAUGACAUCAGAGAAGGCCUACCGGGUGGUGUUGGCAGGUGACGCGGCGGUGGGCAAGUCCAGCUUCCUGCUCCGCCUCUGCAAGAACGAGUUCAGAGGAAACACCAGCGCCACCCUGGGGGUGGACUUUCAGAUGAAGUCUCUGGUAGUGGAUGGAGAGCCUACCCUACUACAGCUAUGGGACACAGCAGGCCAGGAGAGGUUCCGCAGCAUUGCUAAGUCCUACUUCAGACGAGCCGAUGGCGUCCUCCUGCUGUAUGAUGUCACCUGUGAGAAGAGCUUCCUCAAUGUCCGAGAGUGGGUGGACAUGAUCGAGGACAUGUCCCAGGACGACAUCCCCAUCAUGCUGGUGGGGAAUAAGUGUGACCUGAGAGAGCAGGCUCUGCAGGACGGGAUCACCUGUGUCUCCACCAGCUACGGAGAGAAACUGGCCAUGACGUAUAACGCCCUCUUCUGUGAGACCAGCGCCAAAGACGGCUCCAAUGUCAUAGAGGCCGUGCUGCAUCUGGCCAGAGAGGUGACCAAGCAGGUUCAUCGGGCUGAGGACCAGGAGUCUGUGACUAACCUCUAUAGAAAUCCCAACAAGAAGAUGCCCACCGUCAACUGCUGCACAGGAUAAGAUACCAAACAGGAACACUACUAGAGUAACCAAAACUCACCACCUAAGCAACCGCAUCAACAGAACACCACAAUACUCUAACAUUGUGUCCAACAGCAGAACAAGAGCAAUAAAACAGGACAGCUGGUUUUCUCAUAUAAGAUCAACUAUACUUGCUGAAUGCUAUAGGAGAACUCAUACUGAGCUGUUUAUAAAGACGGCUAAUGCCUGUGUGUGUGUGUGUGUGUGUGUGUGUGUGUGUGUGUGUGUGUGUGUGUGUGUGUGUGU